AUGAGUGACGUGGCAAAGUGGGAGAAGCAGCUGGAACGACUGCUAGCCGAGGGCGGUGAGUCGGCCAAGGUGAUCGCCGCGAUCGACAAGAUCCUCUCCGCGUCACCGAAGCACGUCUACGCGCUGCGCUGCAAGGUUGUCUGCCUGCUUCACCAGGACCGGCACGCGGCCGCUCUGGCGGUGCUUAAGCAGCUCGCCGCCGCUGAGCCGUCACUGCGGGACGCCUCGCAGGACUUCGCCUUCCAGCGGGCGUACUGCAUGUACCGGGCGCUCGACCACCACGCCGCGCAGGACGUGCUGCGCCGUGCCCCGCACACCGUCGAGCACGUGCCGUCGCAGCACCUGCUGGCGCAGCUGCACUACCACCUGGAGGAGUACGAAGCUGCUGCGGGCAUCUACGAGGCGCUUCUGGCGAAGGAGGCCUUCCGCGACGAGCAUGAGAAGACAGAGCUGCAGACGAACUACGCGGCAACAUGCGCCGCUAUCGACGCACGCAAAACACAAGCAAUAGUGCACGCGGCAGAUGAGAAAACAGCUGAUCUGUUGUACAAUGCGGCGACGGCGCUGCUUGAGAUGCAGGAUUAUUCCGCUGCGCUGCAAACACUGCAGCAAGCGGAGGCAUUAUGUGCACGGGCUCACCCGAAGAGCUCUCUGCGGUCAUUCCAAGACGCAUGUGCGAAAGGUGAUGUGGAGCUGCAUGCGCUGCUUGAUAACAGAAACUCACCCGAGCGGGCCUUCUUCAAUGAAGUUGCUGUCAUCUGGGUACAAAUGGCAUUUGUGCAAUACACUAUCCACCAUGAGGAGAAGGCGACUUCCCUGCUCGACGUGGUGCUUCGGCAUCGUCCAUCUUCGUCCGUAACUCUUGCUGUGGCGUCGAUCAACUGGGCUGCCAUUCAGCGCCACAGAGACUUCUUUGAUACACACCGCAAACUCAAGUCGGCGCAGAAUCCUGCAGUUAGCAGCAGGCUGACAUCGAGACAGCGCCUGCUCGUGCGAUACAACACAGCGAUGCUGCUAUUACAUACAAAGAAUUUCAAUGGUUUUAAGAGGCAAGUGGAGCUCAUCGCGAACGAGUAUCCUGAUUCAGAUCUCACACACUCCCUCAAGCUCGCGCUUGCCGUCCGCGAGAGUAAAAAGAAGCGGCAGUCUGAUGACAGGACUGUCACGGAGUACCUUAAGCACUACCAGCAAAGCGUAAGGGAACAGCAGCAGAGCAACCCUGGGGCGAGGAAAUUGUUACCCCUUAUCGCCGCACAGAUUUUUCUGGAGAACAGUGAUCUCGAGCACGCCAUCGAAUCGCUCUCUUCUGCGGCGGAGGAUUUGCGGCAGAAGCCGUGCGCCUUGGUGACUCUGGUGACGUGGAAAGUGCAGGUUGGCGACGUGAAUGGGGCGAAGAAGCUUCUCACUGAAUACGCCGCUGCCGCCGCCGCCACAACAAAGGGGGUCCCAACCACCAAGGCCAUUUUGCUGUGGGUGGUGCAGUUCUUCGCUUCACGCGGCCUCAACGCUGACGCGGUAGACGUCAUCCGCGCUGUUCAGCGUGUGUUUCCCACGUUGGAGAGUGACACGGCGACACGUGCACUGCUGGCGCUGUGUCUGUCACACUACGAUAUGCAGGCGGCGCGCGCGUGCAUCGAGACAAUUCCCGAGGCUGGUGUCGGCAGUGAUCUUGCUGCGAAGACACUCACGUCCUCGGCGGUCACCGAGGCGGAGACGCAGCUGCCGUCGCGGCAGCUUCUCGAGAGCCUCGGCUACCACCGCAUUGUGGGCGACAAUGACGGCGUGAGGACGAAGCCGGCGCGCCGUCGUGCGAUGCGGCGGCCACCAAAGAACACCGAGGCACGCAUCGACCCUGAGCGUUGGAUCCCCAUUUCGCACCGCUCAUACAUCAAGGACCUUCCGGAACGCAGAAAGCGGGAGCUGAGGCGCCUGCGCGCGAGUGAACAAGAACAGAAACGCCACGAAGCAGAGAAGCGUAAAGCGAUGGCACAGUGA